GCCAAGAUGUCUUGCUACGACCUGUGCCCACCAAAAACCAGCGUCGUCGCCGUCCCCCAGCCCAUCGCCGAGAGCUGCAACGAGCUGUGCGCCCGCCAGUGCCCCGACUCGACGGCCUUCAUCCAGCCGCCCCCCGUCGUCGUCACCUUCCCCGGCCCCAUCCUCAGCUCCUUCCCCCAGCAAGCCGUGGUGGGCUCCUCCGGAGCCCCCGCCUUUGGGGGCUCCCUGGGGCUGGGGGGCCUCUACGGCGCCGGGGCCACGCAGGGCUCGGGCGGCCUCUGCACCUUUGGCAGACCCUACGCUUCUCCCGCCUGCAGCCCUUGCGUCUUGCCCCGCUACGGCAAGAAGCUCUGGGACACCUGUGGGCCCUGCUAGACCCAGCCCAGCCCCAGGCGCUGCCCCCAGCCCAAACGCCAACACCACCAUCGUCCAUGCAGGGCUGAGCUGGCGGGCAUGAGGCACCGAGGAGUGCUGAGCUGCCCCAGCCCCAGCCAACGCCUGCGCAGCUGGCAGUGCCGCCCACCCUCGGCCCUUCCCUGCCCUCUUCUCCUGCCCUCUGCUCUCCUCCCCUCCCCUCUCUUCCCAGCUGUCAGGCGGGGCAGGAGGCACAGGCGAAAGGCCCCCUUGGGGCUGCAGGGCCAAGUCCUGGCCAUCUGGAAUGCCGCACCAAGGGGGCAUGCGGAGCGAGAAGCCAUGCUCUGGACAAGGUCCCUCUGCCUCCCCCAACACGUGGCAACCAGCCUCUCUGGGUCUUGCCCACCGACUCUCUGACAGUCUCUCCUGCCCCUCGGGGCACAAUAAAGACU